UAAAAUUGGAGAUCCAAUACAAUUUGAGAGAGUCGGAUUUUUUACAAAAGAUAAAGACACAACAAAUGAAUUACCGGUUUUUAAUUUAACGGUACCUUUAGUUGAUAAUACCAUGUUAAAAAAAAAAAAAGAAGACCUACUACAAAAGGAAUUGGAUAAAUUGAAGAGAGAAAAAAUUGCUGCCGAGCGAAAAUUAAAGAAGGAGCAAAAAAAAAUAAGGGAGCAAAAGAAGAAAGAACAAAAUCGAAACAAUUAA